AUGGAACGUCCCAAGGCACCUACUCCAGCCAAUGAUGGCGACACAUCAAACAUCAUGGUUCCACACGUUACCGCCAAUGCUGCUUCCUCGACGAAAGCCGAGAACCGCAUCGGCAGUGAUGAGAGAGCCAACAAAAAGGCUGACAUGGAAGCAAGAAGGAAGCAUGAGAAACGGUUGGCGUGUCUAUGGCAGUCACCAGUAAAGGGCGAUGUAUAUAUAUACUACUGGAACUCGAACCAGUUCUUAGGGCGCUUUGACGGCGCCGUACUCUCAGGGGGGUCUGAUUAUUGGAGAGACUGGCUCAUGAUCGCGCCAAGGAAUAUAUACGGCAUCGCCGUCGCCAAUCUGGCGGGGCUCGCCAAGGGUAACCGCGAGGAUAUCGUGGACCUAUAUGAAAGCCUAUACUUCAUACACAAUCCUGUAAAAUACAACAUCCCCGAUAUUUGGAAAUUUGUCAAAGACCACUCCCAGAGUCGACCUGGUGGCUCUGUCGGAAGUGCGAGGUGUUUGAUGCCCAUUGCGUCGGCUUAUCGCAUAGCAACUCUCUACAGAAUGCCAGAGCUUAGUAUUACCAGCUUGAGAAAGCUCCGGCAGACAGCCCUGGAGAUACACGCAUACUUGACUGAACUCAGCGCCAUGGAUUUGAAAGAAUGGUUGUCAAAAAGGGGCAGCCAAGGGAAGAACGCCAAUCCGGCGGCUGUACACGAUGCCCUGGCACACCUAUGCCGUGGAUGCGUGAUCGCAGAUAAAUACGCGGAGCGCGCGGCGAUGGGACAUCGGGGGCCUGUGGAGUCCAGGUAUUCUGACGCUUGCAUAAAUGCUCUCCAGGCCGUCCUGCAACUAUUUUUGUUCAUCGAGGACGUUUACACCACGCAUCGCUAUAAGCGUCGUUCACGGAUGUGUCCCUGGGAUCGACUGUAUCAUUUCGCCAAGCAUUCCGAGCGGCUCGGCAGGGAGAUCCUCCGUCUUCGAAACAACUGUGAGGCCAAAAAGAGGAGGCAAGAAAACGAGAGAGUCCGGAAGGCCGCUACAGCAAACGCACAGAGUGAAGGCUCCCCAGACGCUGGCCUACUCCCACACGAUGUUUUUGGUGAGCUUCUCGAGAGUGGAGACAUCUCAAACGAGCGAAAAGGAAAGAGCAAAGAGAAAGCUGGAGAAACGUUCAUGGGGCAUGAUAGACUGUUUUGCCGCGACUGCCGGAAGAUUGACAAGAAGCGUGGUGUUUCCAUCGAGUCCGUGUCAGGCUACCAAGAUCCUGCAAUUGCCACACCUGGAUCCAUGGAUAAUGAUGUGGUGUCUGUGACCGGAACACAGUCUGACGACACUGAUAGCGGGGUUUCUGGUUGUACCGGGAAGGAAGAAAGCCUCGGCCCAUCAAAAUUCUCGGAAUCAACCUUAGAAGUUGAGUCCAAGGCUAACAAGCUGAUGACCACCGGGGAAUAUAACGAGAAGUCUGAUUCCCAUGAUGACGAUGCACGGUCAACAUGCAGCGUCAAUCAGAUACUUGAACAUGAGCAUGCAGUGACGGGCGAAGUUGAAGAGAAGCCCUCGCGGUCUGAUAACCAGACGGCUGACACCAACGAUGUACACACGGAGCAGGAUACCCUCGAGGCAAGUCUUGGGGGCGACCAGUCGAUGUAUCCACCAACGGAAGGCAAACGGGGUCGAAGUCAAUCGAACCCUAUAGAGGAACUGCCUCAGAUGAUCGAUGAGACCACCAGACGGGCUGUGGAUAUGUGGAAAGAGCGUGAAAGGAUCAGCACAUAG